AUGCCUUCCGACGACUUGCUAUUGCAGCAGGCGGAACAAUUUCGGAUUGAUGGCAACGCCUCCUUCGGAAAAGGCAACUUGACGGACGCCGUCUUUGCAUACAGCCAAGGUGUCGUCGCGUGUGACCGAUUGGCGAAACCAGCUUUAGGCUCGGCGCUCAAGGCAACGUUGCUCGGUAACCGCGCUAUGUGCGAACUUAAGCAAAUGGAUUUGACACCAACUGUUGAUGAUUGCACUAGCGCUCUCCAUUUACUAUCCCAACAAACGACGAUGCACACAGACGCCAGUACAUCUUUGCGUUCCAAGUUGCACUAUCGCCGUGCCAAGGCCCAAUUUCUGCUGAGUGGCAUUUCCAAGCCGGUGGACCGAAAUCUAGCCGAGGAAGCUGCUAAAGACUUGCUAAGAGUGCUGCAAAUGGAUCCCACGAAUGUGGAAGCGAAUCAGUUAUUGGUGACGGUCCGGUCUCAGCACAAAUCAAUGCAAACGUCAUCGACACCGGUUAGCAAAGCCGUUCAAGCUUUGAAGGAUAAGAACGACGUAACGCACCAUCUCAAGCUGCUUUUGAAUCUACUAAAUGAGGAUGUGGCGAAUGUGAGUAUGGAGCUAGGUCGCGUUGGAGGAGUUAGUGUCUUGCUAGAAGUGGCCGUUUCAACGGGUGAAGAUGUAGAUGCAAAUCAGAUUGCUCUGAGUCUGCAGACACUUUCACAGGCCGGUAGCUUCCCCUCAUUUUGUCGGCUCUAUUUGACGGAUCGACAAAGAGCCUUAAUGGAUAUCGUCCGAACAGCACCGGAUGCAACAGCGAUCGUGUCGGCUUUGGCGAUUUACGUCCGAAUUUUGUUGCACGCAGAUCGAGACGAUGUAUCGAAGGAAAUCACGGGAAAAACUGACAUUGAAUAUGAGACUCUACUAAAGACUGUCAGUCUUGCUCUGGAUUGGGCUUGCGGUGAAGAGCAUAAUACGAUAGUCAUUCGGGCUGUUUUGGAUUUGUUGUCAACUUGGACGGCCGGCACAGAUCGAGACUCCUUCAUUCGUACUUCCCUAUUAGGAAGUUCCGUCACGGAUCCAUCUCUGCCUGUUCCAAAAACACAGACAGAAAUUCGCGCGAUGACGCCACAUCAGCUGGCCGACCACCGUAAACGAGAGUACGAUAAAAAGCUCCGCGAUACGGCCUGGGCAUUCGAACGUGGCAUCCUUUUCUGUCAAGAGAUGAAAACCUUUUUGGUCACAGCAAUCUCCUGCCACGACCACGUCGUACGCCGAGAAAUGACGGUAGUCUUGGGGAGACUGCUUGCUCAUAUAGAAGAAGACGAUCGCAUCAAAUCAGUGGUCAUCCCGUACCUAUCGGAUCCCCGAAAGACUAAGCACACAGGUGUUACAAUUGAAGAAGUUUGCGAUGAAGACAAUGAAUUGAAAAAAGAAGAGAAUUUUCCGACGAACUUGGAGUUGAAAAUGGAACGUGCGCUCAUCACCGCAAGUUUGCUUCUGUCCAAGAAGGACGUGGGCGCGUGGUCUCUAUUAAGUGGGUGGCAUAAUGCGGCGGAUGAAAUUCUUGAUCUAAUUCAGUCCCGAGAUGAUCGGGCCAUGUGUCUUGCUUCUGAAGUCGUGUCCUCCGCAGCGACUGUUGAAAAUGCUCGGCACUUGGUAUCGAAUUUGCUUACAUCAGGUUCUUUGAAGACGCUUCUCCUUAGCCACGAUAGAGAUAUUAGGUCCGGAGCGACUUCGGCUAUCGCCAAACUGGGACUUUCAGACAAAUCUACCGACGAAGGGGAGAUCAUGGGGCUGCUUGAAGCCGCCUGUGAGCUAUUGGAAGACGAAGCGAAUGAAACAGAAAUAGCGAGAGAAAACAAAUGUCGAGGUUUUAAGUCUUUUGCUUUUACCUCUGUUGAACGCGCUAUUGAAAUGAUCACAUAUCUUGUUGUAAACACGUCAGUAAAGGAAGAGCUGGCUGCUGGUUUCAGAUCCAGAAACGCACCACACACAGCCCUUGAGCGUCUGGUCAAUACUGCCGAUUUACCCAAUGCCGGUGACUCUCUGUCGGCAUUUGGCUUAGCAACAAUCUUUCAACACAUGGCGGCAACUAAUGAGCAGAUUCGGAAAGAAGCGUUUGAAGGCAAAGAAGUCACCAUGGAACAGUAUGAUGAAAUGCAACUUAUGGGCAAGACCCAAGAAGAGAAAGAAGUAAUUGAAUCUCAGAAAGAUACUGAUACCCAGAAUGCAUGCCAAGAACGCAUUCGUAAAAUGGCAAAUGCCAAUGUACCGCGAGCAAUCGUGACCCUCAUGGAAGGAUCAAGUGAGCAUACGCUCGAACAGUCAGUCAUCUGCCUGACUCGGAUGGCCGGUGAGCAGUCUAUUCGUGGCUUUCUUGUACAACAGGGCGCCUUAUCAGCUUGUAUAAAGGUAGAAAAAAAGGAAGGACCAACAGAAACCUGUGUGAUGAAAAAAGUGACCAGGUUAGCGAGGCACUGUAUUGCCAAGAUUCUGAUUUCAACGAAUCCAGCAUUGCUUACAUCGGCCCAGCGGCUUGGUUCUAUCCGCCCUCUCAUCCUGCUCAUCCGUGAUAACAAAGGAACUGAAUUGCAACAUUUCGAAGCGCUUAUAGCAGUUACAAAUCUCAGUAGCGCGGGCGAAGAUGCCCAGAGCAGAAUUGUGACUGAGAAGGGGAUAUCAUCAUUCCAUUUUUGCAUGUUUUCCGAAAAUGUUUUGGUCAGAAGGGCCGCGACGGAAGCUAUGUGCAAUCUUGUCCAGAACCAAGCAAUGCUAAAUUUUUUGACGGAGACGGCACAUUUGAAACUGUGGCUCGCGUUUGCAUCAGAUUAUGAGGAGGAGAAUUAUGAGGGUGCCCGUGCUGCAUCCGGCUGUCUUGCCAUGGCGACGCAAGACGAGAUCGUUGCAAUCAAAUUGAUAGAACUGCCAAAAUUCAAAGACGACGUAGUCUCCCUAUUGGAAAGUGGACGACUUGAGCUUAUGCAUCGAGCUUUGGUGAUUGUUAGUAAUUUGUUGGCUCAUGGCGGACAGUGCGGCAAAAAAGUGGUUGCCGAAGGACUGGUAGAGUUUUGCCGAGCCUACGUACACGCAGCCGGGAAGACUGAAGGGCUUGACUUCUCGCUGGAAGAGCAAACUCUUCUUCCAGUGACCGUAGAUCUUUCUAAAAGGAUUGUCGAACAGGCUAGUACGACAUCCUGA